CAAGGUCAGGAUAUCGAGACCAUCAUGGCGAACAUGGGAUCAUUGCAAGAGGUCAUAGAUUGGGGGUUAAUAGGAUGGAAAUACUAUGCCAGUGUGAUUGGUCCGAUCCAGUGUGAAGGCCUGGCCAACGUGGAAGUCACACAGAUUGCCUGUGCAGAGAAGCGCUUCCUGAUUCUGUCACACAAUGGCCGUGUGCACACACAGGCCUACAAUAGUGACACACUGGCCCCACAGCUGGUCCAAGGCCUUGCCUCCAGAAACACUGUAAAAAUUGCUGCCCAUUCUGCUAGUCAUCACUGCGUAGCCUUGGCUGCCGCUGGACAGGUGUACUCCUGGGCUUUGGGGACAGAGGACGGCUUGGCCAUGGGGACACUGUAUGUAUCGCUCAUUCCUGCAGGGGACACACUGUCCUUUUAUGUUUCCAUUUCCUGGACAGGCUGGAGCGCAGAAGUGUGUGCAGGUGUUUUCCAGCCGCCCCGACGUGCAGCGCUGGGGUGGAGCGGGACACUAGGAUAUGCCCCCUCCUUGGUGAUGGCUGAGGAACUCUCUGCCCAUGUGUGGAGGGCAACAGGAAUCGGCCUUUCUGGUCUUCUCCACCCCGUGCAGCCUUGGCCGCCUUCUCUCUACUCAAACCGCAUCCCCACUGUGGAGUUUGCCAGAGCAAAUCCCACAGCACUGUUCCUUCCUUCACAGACAGUUCCCCCGUCUCCCAUAGAUAAGGUUGUCCCCCUUUCCUUGAACCAUUAGGUUAUUUUUACAGGAACAAAAGUCAGCAGUUUCUUUGUAAUAUCAUCCUAUUCAGUGGAACCUUUUAUUGUGAAAGAACAGAAAUAAAGUUGUUAUGAAUGCCAGGUUGUAAAAAUUGGGAGGUCUGCCAGCCCCAUGAGUGAUGGGAACCCUCUUGUACUUUGCUGUUGUGCGUGGAACUCUGGCAUUAGGUUUAAAUGAAGGAUGUAGUUACACACCAACCCAGCAAGCCCAUUUCAUGCGGGCCGGAGCCCUGAGCAGGGAGCGGACAGUGCAGAACUUGAAAUGAGUGUAGUCAUGACUGCCCUUGUGUCCCUUGAGAGGAGCCUGGAGGGCAGGGGCCAUGCACACCACAGGGUGGAGUUGAGGGCAUCAUUGCCGACAGCAUCCGCUGGGAAGAUCCCAAACUGGGAGAAAAGCAGAGUGAUGCGCAUCGUGUGGUACAUGUAUGCCAAGCUCACAACAGCCCAACCCUGACAGUGUUGUAAGGGAUUCAGACAAGUGAAAAAUAAAAGAUCGAUCUCCAUGGAAUUUAUAGCUGUUACUCUUACACUGGAUCCUAAGGGCUGGGAUUGGCAUGGGGUACACGGGACUUGAAAGGCAUUGAGGUACAGGACAGGGUGGUGUGUCUGCUUAUUUCCUUUAGGUAUUUAUUACUGACUUUGUAUAAAAUAUUCCAUAGUAAAACAAUUCUCAGUGCAGAGUAAGUGCUGGGAUGAGUAACUUAUCCCUUAUUCUAGGACUUCAAGGAAGGAAGAGAGAUCAGUGCAGAUGGCAGAAGCUGGAGAUAACCUUUUGGGGAAGUUGAAACUUAAGCUGAAUAAGGGAGAGGUUGUACUGGGGUAGAGUCAUUGGACUGUCGCUGUGUGUGCCUGUGCCACUGUGUGUAUUUUGCAAACUAGUAGGUCACAAAGUGAGUAAACCAUGCCUUUGGAGAGGCCUGGCUUCUAUAGAUUCUCAAGAAAAUGUCACGUAUUCUGGAUCCUAAUAGGAUAUUUUGUUAACUUUGCCAUUUCUUCAACUAGUAAGACUUCUCUACCCUAAUCCCCACUGCCUCAUACUUUUCAUUUGUAAGAUACAGACUGCAGAGUGCUGGCUUCAUUCCAUCCACAUUCAUUUAACAAAUACCUAUAAAUGUCAGUCAGCUUUGAGGCUUACGUACAACCAGACGACUGAGUUUCGGGUGUAGAGUUGGAUGGGUUUUGGCCAGUGCCCUCAGCUGGGGAGUCACCACCAUCAAGACAUGGGGCGUGUCCGUCGCUUCCAGGGCCCUGUUUGUACCCUUUGAGUUGAUGCCCACUUCCUCCAGUUCCUGACAACCUCCGAUCUGCCCUCUGUUGUUACUAUUUUGUCUUUUCCAUAAUUGAAGGUAAACAAAGCCAUACCGCGUGUGCUGUUUUGUUUCUGGCAUCUUUCACGUAGCAUGAUGUCCUGAGAUCCAGCCGCGUUGCUGGGCAUGUGGGUAAUUCCUUCCUUCUGUUGCAGAUGGACCGUGGUUUUGGGCCAUUGUGAAGAAAGAUGCAAUGGACUUUACUGUAGAAGUCUUUUUUUUUGAGAUGGAGUUUUGCUCUUGUUGCCGAAGUUGGAGUGCAAUGGCGUGAUCUCAGCUCAC